AUGACCGUGGUGUCCACGGAGAACAUGGACGACGCCUCCGGCCUGCCGGGGCACCCGCAGGACCCGUACCCGCCCGACGCCGCCGACCACGACUGCUGCGAGCGGGUGGUCAUCAACAUCUCGGGGCUGCGCUUUGAGACCCAGCUGAAGACCCUGGCCCAGUUCCCGGAGACCCUCCUCGGGAACCCCAAGAAGAGGAUGCGCUACUUCGACCCGCUGAGGAACGAGUACUUCUUCGACCGCAACCGGCCGAGUUUCGACGCCAUCUUGUACUACUACCAGUCCGGCGGGCGGCUGAGGCGGCCGGUCAACGUGCCGCUGGACAUGUUCUCGGAGGAGAUCAAGUUCUACGAGCUGGGCGCGGAGGCCAUGGAGAAGUUCCGCGAGGACGAAGGGUUCAUCCGCGAGGAGGAGCGCCCCUUACCGGAGAAGGAGUUCCAGCGGCAGAUCUGGCUCCUCUUCGAGCACCCGGAGAGCUCGGGGCCGGCCCGGGGCAUCGCCAUCGUCUCGGUGAUGGUCAUCCUCAUCUCCAUCGUCAUCUUCUGUCUGGAGACGCUGCCGGAGCUGAAGGAGGACCCCAACCAGCGGAUGCGCGUGGUGGGGAACGUCACGGUGUACUACAAGCCCAACGUCCUCACCGACCCCUUCUUCCUGGUGGAGACGCUCUGCAUCAUCUGGUUCUCCUUCGAGUUGAUCGUCCGGUUCUUCGCUUGUCCCAGCAAGGCGGCGUUCUUCAAGAACAUGAUGAACUCCAUCGACAUCGUGGCCAUCAUCCCGUACUUCAUCACGCUGGGCACGGAGCUGGCCGACGACCAGGACGGCAAGGAGAGCAAGGGGGGCGGCGAGCAGGCCACGUCGCUGGCCAUCCUGCGCGUCAUCCGCCUGGUGCGGGUCUUCCGGAUCUUCAAGCUGUCGCGGCACUCCAAGGGGCUCCAGAUCCUCGGGCAGACCCUCAAGGCCAGCAUGCGGGAGCUGGGCCUGCUCAUCUUCUUCCUCUUCAUCGGAGUCAUCCUCUUCUCCAGCGCCGUCUACUUCGCCGAGGUCGAGGAGAAGGAGUCGUUCUUCACCAGCAUCCCGGACGCGUUCUGGUGGGCCGUGGUCUCCAUGACGACGGUGGGCUACGGGGACAUGUACCCCGUGACCAUCGGGGGGAAGAUCGUGGGCUCGCUGUGCGCCAUCGCCGGCGUGCUCACCAUCGCGCUGCCGGUGCCGGUCAUCGUGUCCAACUUCAACUACUUCUACCACCGCGAGACGGAGGGCGAGGAGCAGGCGCAGCUGCUGAACGUCAGCAACCAGAACCUGGCGUCCGAGUCCGACUCCAGCCGCCGCAGCUCGUCGGCCGUCAGCAAGUCGGAGUACAUGGAGAUCGACGAGGACUUGAACAACAGCAUCGACAACUUCAGGGAGGCCAACCUCCGGACCGCCAACUGCACGCCGCCCGUCCAGAACUGCGUGAACACGGGGAAGCUGCUCACCGACGUGUGA